AUGAGCAAGAAACAACUUACUUCAUCAAGCUCGAGUGUUAAAUCAAGCGAUUCCACUGAACUACCACAGCCAAUUACUGGUGACUCUACUAAUAGCAUCGAACAACAACGUCAACCACCACCACAACAACUACAUGAUGACCUCGAGGAUCAAACUUCUACACGUCUGGGACAUUUCAAAGAAUCUGAUGCUGGGGAUGGUACACUACGUGAAGAUCAAUAUAUACAUGGAACCAAACUAGUUCUUUGUUUCGUUUCAUUAUUCCUCUGUUUGUUCUUAUUUGCAUUGGAUCAAACUAUUGUUGCUACAAUCUUAUCCACGGUGGGAAAUAAAUUUAAUGCGUUUGAAAACGUUGGGUGGUUAUCUUCAGGGUUUUUGUUGACUAUGGCUGUAUUUAUUCAACCUUUUGGUAAACUCUCAAUUAUAUUUGGUCGGAAAUGGUCCAUGGUUGUUGCUGUUGUCAUUUUUGAAGCGGGGUCGUUAAUGUGUGCAUUGGCUCCUACGAUGAAUGUCUUGAUUGGUGGUAGAGUACUUGCCGGUAUUGGAGGAGCUGGUAUUCAAGGAUUGACUUUUGUUAUUGUUUCAGAAGUCGUGCCUAUAAACAAAAGACCUGUUGGUAUGACCAUCUUAUCAGUGACGUUUGCCGUUGCAUCUGUGUUGGGCCCAUUGAUUGGGGGUGCUUUCACCACGCAUGUCACUUGGAGAUGGUCAUUUUAUAUUAAUUUACCAGUUGGAGGGUUUGCAUUGGCAGUAUUUUUAUACUCUUUCCGUCCUCCAUUCCCAAAUGUCAACAUUUGGGAAGAAUUGAAACAAUUUGAUUACAUUGGAACAUUUUUCUUCAUUUCGGGAUGUGUCAUUUUUUUAUUGGCAAUCACUUUUGGUUCAUCUGAUUUUGCGUGGGAUUCCGGUGCUGUAAUUUCAUGUUUCGUAAUUGGUCCAAUAUUGUUGAUCGUCUUUGCUAUUUGGAAUUUCCGUUUCUCCAAAAACCAAAUCAUUGGUACUGAUGUGAUCACUACUCCGCAAAUCAUUGCUUCCGCUCUUUCAAUAUCUGGUGUCUUUUCAGCAUUUAUUGUCACCAUGAUCUAUGCUUCUGUAUAUUUUCAAGUUGUUCGUGAUUCAAGUGCAAUGGGUGCUGGAUUACAUUUGCUUCCUUGUAUUAUAGCUGUUGUCAUAUGUUCGGUGGUUUCAGGAGGAAUGGUUCAAAAAUUCAAAUAUGUCAAACCUUGGGGUAUAUUUUCAGGAGUAAUGGCACCAAUAGGUGCAGGUUUGUUGAGUUUGUUGCGUGUUGAUUCAUCUUUUUCAAAACAAGUUGGAUUGUUGAUCAUCAUGGGGAUUGCUACAGGUACUCAAUUUCAACCAGCCAUAAUUUCGGCCCAGAUAAAAGCACCAAAGACACCAGGUGGUACUAUCAUGACAACAAUUUUCAUCAAUGCAUCUAGAUGCUUGUCAUCAGCAAUUGCUGCCACAUUAUCUGAUGCUGUUUACACGUCGAGCUUGAAGAAUUUUCUCAAAAGUGAAAUUCCAAAAGCCAGUUCUCAAAUUCAACAGUCCUUGCAAUCAAUUGACGUAUCUAGUCUUAUGUCCUCCAACACCGUUUUAAAAACAUUGGACCCAGCAACCGAGAGAUUCAUUAAGGAACAAAUGGUGAAAUCUAUUCAAAAUGUGUUUUACAUGUGUAUUGGAUUUGCUGCUAUAUCCACAUUAGCUUGUCCUUUUAUUACCAAUAAGAAAUUACCUGACAUGAAACAUAUGGCCAAGUUGGAUUAG